AUGGAUGAAAUGUCAAUCAUAGCCAUAGCUUGCAUUGUUAUCGUUUCUGGGAUUAUUUUAGCAACUUUUUGGUACAUUGCAUCUGGCCUGAGAAGAAAUAUUUCCUCUGCCAUAGCAACCCAUAUUCAAGAGUUGGGUUUGGAAGAAGAAGAUCCCUCAAGUCUGGACUCUGUGGGUCUUCACAGACAAGUAAUAGAGGCUCUCCCAGUAUCUCAGUACAAAUCACAUGAUGGGCACCAGUGUUCAGUCUGUUUAUCUGAAUAUGGGGAUUCUGAGAUAGUCAAGCUGUUGCCCAACUGCAAUCAUUACUUUCACAAAGAAUGUAUAGAUAAAUGGUUUCUUUCUCACUCUUCUUGCCCUGUUUGCAGAACCACAGUGCACCCCAAUUCAUCUUCAAGAAGCUUAUUGGACUUGGAACAAGAUCAUGGAAGAGAUGGUUCAUUACCUGAACAACCCAUUUCUUCAGGAAUUUGA